AUGGUCAAGACCUCCGUCCUCAACGAUGCGCUUAACGCCAUGAACAACGCCGAGAAGGCCGGCAAGCGCCAGGUCCUCAUCCGUCCUUCCUCCAAGGUCAUCGUCAAGUUCCUUGCUGUCAUGCAGAAGCACGGCUACAUUGGCGAGUUCGAGGAGGUCGAUGACCACCGCUCCGGCAAGAUUGUCAUCCAGCUCAACGGCCGUCUCAACAAGUGUGGUGUUAUCAACCCCCGCUACCCCGUCCAGCUCCGUGACCUCGAGAAGUGGGCUACCCAGCUCCUUCCCUCCCGUCAGUUCGGUUACGUCGUCCUGACCACCUCCGCCGGUAUCAUGGACCACGAGGAGGCUCGCCGCAAGCACGUUGCUGGCAAGCUCCUCGGCUUCUUCUACUAG